AUGUGGGGACUCUAUUAUAAGCACUGCACAGCUAAGGUCCACGAGGCUGGAGAACUUGACCAGCUCUGGCUUCAACAACUGCAAAUACCAAGCUUGGACUAUGAUAGCCUUUUGAAUGACUACUCCAAGUUUGUGUCAGAUCACUUUGGAGAACAAUACACAGACAAAAUGAAAAACAUACUUCAAAUAAAGAAAAAAGUGACACAAAUACUAGAGAAGAUUGAGCCUUGGGAGCUUCAGAGACAGGACAGAAGUCCUGAUUACUGGAUUGGCUAUUUGAAGGCAUUGCACGGAAGCAAAGUGCUGGACAGAGUGACCAAAAAGCGUCUAAUUCAGUGUACAGUGGAAAGAAGUCUUGGCGUCCAGGUAUUUGUACCAGUAAUCCAAACUUAUCUGUCCUUCAACUUGGAGGUGGAUGACUCUGCCUUUUGGGAAAGAGUUGUGCAAAUUGAGCCAUCCAAUGCAGAAGCAUGGAUCCAAUACGUCCGUGAUAGUCCCGUGGAUCAACUUCAAAGAAUACGGUCUCAAUUGAAUAGUUACUCUGAUUUAAUUUUAGUACCCGUGUUUUGUGAAAUUCUUCGAAUGGAGCUUCGUCUGUUCAAACAGAAUGCUUCGGUGGCGCAACCAUUGCUGAUGGAAGAUACGUACAAUUUUUUUUCAAGAACAUUGAAAGCAGGAGACAUAUUCCACACUGUCCCAAAAUUGUGUAUUGAAAUCCAAGAGGAUAUUGGAGACGUUGACGGCAUCAGAAGGGAUUUUUUAACUCCCCUCCUGGAGAAUUUUGACAAUGAAACGGAAGCGUGGCUUUAUGUUGUCGAGUUUGAAAAGAGACACGGCAAUUACAGACAUGUGACGGACUUCUUCAAGAAAGCAAUGGGUAUCGCUGAGAAGCUUGACUGGCCGGAGCGUUUAGCAUCUGAAUGGAAAAGGUUCGAGCUGCUCAAAGGCACAGAUGAAAGUCAAGAAUACUGCGAUGAAGUUUGCAAACGCGCACUGUCACGGAUCAAAGGUAGUAAAAGACGACUUUCAGAGCAUGAAGUGGAAGAAAAAUCACAAGGGCCCCACAGCAAAAGAAGAGCACACGAGGAUACUGCUGAAACAAAGCCAAGGAAACAAAAAACCGAGACCAGAGAUCGCGAACAUCUGACUAUACUGGUAGCUAAUCUGCCUCCUUCAAUUGAUGAGAAAGAAUUGACUGAUAAUUUUAGCUCCUGUGGAAAGAUCCGUAGCAUCUCCCUUUUGCAAGGUAAGGCAACUAUCGAAUUUACAGACGAGCAAGGACUCUUAUCAGCUAUGAAGAAAAACGGCACAAUAAUUGAGGACUCGCCGAUCGAGGUGGUCCAUUUGCAGAAUAACACCCUUUGGGUUGCAAAUUAUCCUCCCGAGAAAACUGCGGAAGACUUGAGGAAUAUAUUUAGACAAUAUGGCGAGAUAUUGUCCGUUAGACUGCCAUCGUUGAAAAGCAACGUGCAAAGGCGUUUCUGCUACGUUGAAUAUUCGUCUGAACAGGAUGCCGCGUCCGCUGUAAAAGCAUUGGAUGGCCAUACAAUACGGGGAAAAACCGGUGAUUUCAAAUUGACAGUCAAGGUUUCGAACCCCGACGCCAGGCAAGAUCGCAAAGGUGCGCUGGAAGAGGGCAGACAAGUGUAUGUUAGCGACUUGGACUUUUAUAAGGUCGACGAGGAUAGAUUGAGCGAGUUAUUUUCGAAAUUUGGUGAUAUUGAAAUGAUACGCAUUCCUGUCAAACGUGAUGAGAAGACCAAUAAGCUCAACAACGGGUUUGCAUUCAUUUCGUUCAAGUCCAGUUCCGAUGCCGUGAAUAGUUUAGAACUGGACGGCAAUUUGUUGGCUGGACGACCAAUGAAGGUCGAACUAGCCACACCCAAGAAAAAGAAAGUGUCUGUUAUCGGAACGGGGAAGUUUGAUAGAGCUCGGACAAUCUCGGUGCUCAAUGUUGACGACAAACUGAACACAGAAAAUCUCAAGGCUAUAUUCGAAGAAAUAGGGCCUGUCACCCAGAUAGAGUUGCAACCCGAAAAUAAUGCGGCUUUGAUUGAAUUCGAGACUGUCAGAAGCUCUGGUAUGGCAGACUUCAAAUUCAACGGUCGCAAGAUCGGAGACACUAUCGUUCGAAUCGGCACAUUUCAAGACUUCUUGAAACUGAAGAGAAACAAGACUUAA